AUGAAGUUGACGGAAGACAUCCUGCUGAAGCCGCUGCCUAAGUCCCCUGGGACUGAUAGCACGGCCAUCUCCUUGUCGGACGAGGAAAAGGAGGUUCUCGAUCGCCAGCUCCAUGCGCCCGUGUCGAAUGUUGGCUUUUUCGGCAUUUAUCGUUAUGCAAGUCGCUGGGAUAUCGCGAUCGUACUUGGGAGUUCAGUUUUUGCAAUCGCAGGCGGUGCAGCACUGCCCAUGUUUACAGUUCUUUUCGGAAACCUCACUUCCACGUUUCGCGACAUUACCGCGCACCAAAUCACCUACUCCCACUUUCACCACGAACUCACCAAGUACGCCAUAUACUUUGUCUACCUCGCCGUCGCGGAAUUCAUCACUAUCUAUAUUGCCACUGUAGGCUUUAUCUACACAGGCGACCAUGUCGUCCAACGCAUUCGGGUGGAAUACCUGCGCGCCAUCCUCCGACAAAACAUUGCCUUCUUUGAUACACUGGGCGCAGGAGAGGUCACCACGCGAAUCACGGCAGACACGAACAUGAUCCAAGACGGAAUUUCUGAGAAAGUAGGCUUGACGUUAACCGGACUGUCUACUUUUGUGACCGCUUUCGUUAUCGCAUACAUCAAAUAUUGGAAACUAGCCUUGAUAUGCAGUGCCACGCUGGUCGCGGUACUGCUCAUCAUGGGCGGAUGUUCCACCUUCACACUCAUUUUCAGUAAACGGGCACUAGAAUCCCAAGGAAGAGGCGGCAGUCUUGCAGAAGAUAUUCUCGACUCGAUACGAACGGUGGUUGCGUUCGACGCUCAAGAGACUCUGGCGAAUAAGUACGAGUCGCACUUGAAAGAUGCCGAAAAGCCCGGCAUGAAAGCACAGAUCGCCUUCGCCAUCAUGGUCGGAGCGUUACUCUGCGUUAUGUAUCUCAACUACGGACUUGGCUUUUGGAUGGGUUCGCGAUACCUGGUUGAUAAGAAUACCGAUAUCAAGGCCGGAGAUGUUCUGACCAUUCUGAUGUCGAUUAUCCUGGGGUCUUACAACCUAGGUAAUGUCGCACCGAACGGUCAAGCGCUGUCGAAUGCCGUCGCGGCGGCGUCGAAGCUGUACAGCACUAUUGAUCGCGAGUCGCCCCUCGACUCUUCCUCGGCCGAUGGGAAAACUCUGGAAUAUGUCCGCGGAAAUAUUGUGCUGCAAAACAUAAGGCAUGUGUAUCCCUCGCGCCCGGAGGUGAUUGUCGCCAACGAUCUGAGUAUCUAUAUUCCGGCGGGUAAAACAACGGCUUUUGUUGGUCCGUCAGGGUCCGGAAAAAGUACGGUUAUUGGAUUGAUCGAGCGUUUCUACAGCCCGGUUGCUGGAGUCAUUACUCUGGACGGCCACGAUAUUCAGAGUUUCAACCUGCGAUGGCUGCGCCAGCAAGUGUCUUUGGUGUCGCAGGAGCCGCGACUGUUUGCAACGAGCAUCGCCGAGAAUAUCCGGUACGGAUUAAUUGGUUCGAAGUUCGAGAAAGACUCCGAGACGAAAACGAUGAAACGGAUCAAGGACGCUGCUAAAAUGGCAAACGCGCAUGAGUUCAUUAAGGCGCUGCCGAACGGUUAUCACACAAAUAUUGGCAGUUUCUCGUUAUCGGGAGGCCAGAAACAGCGGAUUGCGAUCGCACGAGCAGUCGUGAAGGAUCCGAAGAUCCUACUGCUCGAUGAGGCAACGUCAGCGCUAGAUACCAAAUCCGAAGGAAUUGUGCAGGCAGCUCUUGACAAGGCAGCGAGAGGACGAACGACUAUUGUUAUUGCUCACCGCCUGUCUACAAUCAAGGAGGCUCAUAACAUCGUCGUUCUACUUGGCGGCAGCAUCGUCGAGCAAGGACACCAUACACGUCUCAUGGAGCACCGAGGGGUCUACUACGAUAUGGUCCAAGCCCAGGAGAUUAAGGAGAAAGAAGCAGCAAAAGAGCCACCCAAACUGCUGACCCCUUCAAAAGCAACAUUCUUCCUCGAUGACGACCCGUACCCUGAUGGAUAUUCGGAUUGCGGACUGCGAGAUGAUGCUUCGGACAUUGACUUGAAGACCGGUGUCUCAUCGCGACCCAAAUCCCGACUGUCCAUGUUUCUGCCUAUUCAGCCUAUUCAGAAGGAGAAGUUCUAUUCAUUGUGGCAGUUGUUUAAGUUUAUUUCGUCCUUCAAUCGACCUGAAUGGCCGGUUUUGAUUCUGGGUCUGUGUGUUUCUAUCCUCGCGGGAGGUAUUCAGCCAUCGCAGGCUGUGUUGUUCGCAAAGGCUGUGAGCACACUGAGUCUACCACCCUUCGAAUAUGGAAAGCUCCGACAUGAUGCCAAUUUCUGGUCGUUGAUGUUCCUCAUGAUGGGGGUUGUCACCUUCUUCCUAUACAGUAUCCAAGGCACGUCAUUUGCCUACGGAUCUGAGAAGAUGAUCUAUCGCGCACGAAGCCAGGCGUUCCGCGUCAUGCUGCACCAGGAUGUCUCUUUCUUCGACCGGGAGGAGAAUAGCACUGGUGCACUAACUACAACUCUGUCGGCAGAAACAAAGCAGCUGGCUGGCAUCAGUGGUGUCACUCUAGGUACCAUUCUGAUCGUGUCGGUAAACCUAGUAGCCUCCCUCACGGUCGCUGUUAUCAUGGGCUGGAAGCUUGGCUUAGUCUGCAUCUCCGCCGUGCCGGUUCUCUUAGGAUGUGGUUUUAUUCGCGUAUGGAUGCUCGAUCGCUUCCAGCGCCGUGCGAAGAGCGCAUACCAGAAAUCCGCUAGUUCAGCCUGCGAGGCCGCAUCUGCGAUUCGCACGGUGGCGUCUCUAACUAUGGAACCUGAAGUUCUACAGUCCUAUGAGCUCCAGCUGCGGGAUCAGAUCAAACGAGACAUUCUCCCGAUCUUUAAAUCAUCCUUGUUGUAUGCCGCCUCGCAGGCCCUGCCGUUCUUCUGUAUGGCGUUAGGGUUCUGGUACGGUGGAACACUGGUCGGACAUCAUGAAUACACCCUCUUCCAGUUCUACGUUUGCUUCAGUGAGGUGAUCUUCGGAGCGCAAGCCGCAGGAACAAUUUUCUCGCACGCUCCAGACAUGGGGAAAGCCAAGCAUGCCGCGACUGAAUUCAAACGACUGUUUGACGGCAAGCCACUGAGUCCCGGAGCCAGCAUGGGCUUACCUGUCCCUACGAUGCGAGGCUCCAUCGAAUUCCGAGACGUCUCGUUCCGAUAUCCCACACGUCUGGAACAGCCUAUACUCCGACGUCUGAACAUCACCGUCAAUCCAGGUCAAUACGUUGCCUUGGUCGGAGCGAGUGGCAGCGGCAAAAGCACCACUGUUGCGCUGUUAGAGCGGUUCUACGACGCUCAGCGAGGCGGGGUGUUUGUGGACGGACAGAACGUCUUGUCUUUAGAUAUGACGUCUUACCGUAGCCACAUCGCAUUGGUCAGUCAGGAGCCUGCCCUGUUUCAGGGAACGAUCCGCGAGAAUAUCUUACUCGGGAGCAACAAGAAACACGUGCCUGAAACUGCCGUCACCAAAGCCUGCAAGGACGCGAACAUUUACGAUUUCAUCAUUUCGCUACCACAAGGAUUCAACACCAUCGUGGGCAGCAAGGGCGGGAUGCUCUCGGGUGGCCAAAAGCAGCGGAUCGCCAUUGCGCGCGCCCUGAUUCGCGACCCGAAGAUCCUCCUCCUGGACGAGGCGACCUCCGCGUUGGACUCCGAGUCCGAGAAGGUUGUCCAGGCGGCGCUGGACAAGGCGGCACGCGGACGCACCACGAUCGCCGUGGCUCAUCGUCUCAGCACGAUCCAGCGCGCAGACCGGAUCUACGUACUGGACCAAGGGGAGGUUGCGGAGUACGGAACGCACCAGGAACUAUUGAGGAAGAAAGGACGGUAUUACGAGUUGGUGAAUCUUCAAAGUUUGGGGUAA